AUGGGAUUACAAAAUUAUAAUAAUAUAUGCUUGUACAGCACAAUUUGCCUUUUUGAUUUCAAGACUUCUCUCUAGUUAAGGGUAUGUAUCAAAAUAUAUAUUAAAUUAGGAUUAAUUCUUAUUGUUGUUUUGCCAUAAUGGAAAGUACAUUAUUAAUUACUUAUCUUUUGGGUUUUAUAUACAAUAAAGAAGUUUCACCAAUUAAUAUCAAUUUAAUUAGCUACACUCUUCUAAUAAUAUAAUUUGUUAUAUUAGCAAUUACUAUUCUUAUGGGUAGAUAAAACUUAGAAGGUUAAGGACAUGAUU